AUGCUCUCAGGCAAUUUGUUACCGAUGACUAGCGACGACUCGCUGUUUCCUGUAGCUUGGAGGAUAUACAGCGCCGUUAUAUGGCUGAUUGAAGUGGUACAAACCAGUGCAAUAAUCCCCGGUAUUAUGUUGGUUCCAAUAGACAAGGCUUUACAAGAUGCAACUGUCGGCCUUGUGGUCACCGUGGAAGUAUUUUUCCUGCUCAAGCAAAUGCACGGGCACAGAAAUCUUGUAACUCAGCUGAUUCGAAAGCUCAAUAAUAUUCUGCGCAUUGAGAACAAGACUAUGAGAGACGUCGUGAGGUCAACUUUAAAGCCGGUGGAAAUUCCUCUUAAGUUUUAUUGCAUGGCUGGGACCGGAUCCAUAAUAGUGUGGUGCUGCAUACCUUUCGCGUUAGUUUUGAAAAAGAGAUACUUUUUCUAUGAGGAUUACAGGCUACCAAUGAUCCUGUCGAAUGAACCAUUUUCGACGGAGAUCUUUCUGGUUGGAAGCUUUCUCGCGUCUAUCGCCAGCGUGUACAUGUUUAUGAAGAAAGUUGCCCUGGAUGUCUACAUGAUAAAUCUCGUAUUACUCAUGACAGCGCAGUAUCGUUACAUCGCGAUCAAGCUCGCAGCAAUAUUUCGCGAAGACACUUCGCAGAAUCAGCACAAUGAAUCUCAACAGGAAUAUUAUUUGAAUUUAGAUUUAGUGGCAACGAGAGAGAUGAAAGUGUUAUGUCGACACUAUAGCGCUGUGGUUCAGUAA